GUCAUCGUUUUGGGCCAAUCACAGAACUGUAAUUUCAUCCAAUCAGAGUUCUGUAUGGAGACGUCAUUUCCUGGUUGUGCGGCGUGCUAGUCAACGUGUGUAGUGUGCUGUCUAUAUCACUUCGUCGUACUGUGGCUUGAAUUUGAACAUGGCUGAAGACAAAUUACAACAAAAGUCAUCAAAGAGGACGAAAUUGCCAACAACUGACGAUCAGAUUUGUAUGGCACAAACCAAAGAACGCAAAAGGAAGAGGUUGGAAUUAGAGGAAGCUCCAGUUAGAAUUCCAGACAUCAGUCUUGCGGCAGAAGAACAACAGAAGACCAAAGUGAAAAAGCACAAAAAGAAAAAAACAACAGACCAAGAGGCAACAAAAAAUAUUGAAGAAGCUCCAGUUAGAAUUCCAGACAUCAGUCUUGUGGCAGAAGAACAACAAAAAACCAAAGUCAAAAAGAAAAAAACAACAGAGCAAGAGGCAACAAAAAAUAUUGAAGAAAUUCUAGUUCAAAUUCCAGAAAUCAGUCUUGCGACAGAAGAACAACAAAGGACCAAAGUCAAGAAGCACAAAAAGAAAAAAACAGAGCAAGAGGCAACAAAAAAUAUUGAAGAAGCUCCAGUUGAAAUUGCAGACGUCCCAGUUGAGGAGGAACCUAAAGCCAAAAUCAAGAGGAGCAAAAAGAAACAAAAAACUGAGCAAACAGAGAUGACAAAGCAAAUUGAGAUUUCCAACCCACCUGAGGGAAGCGAUGACUUAAGCCCAGAGGAGAGGCGGAUACUGGAGAGGAAAAUGAAGAAGAUGAUGAAAAAAGAAGAGAAGAAGAAGCUGAAAGCAGCGGCGAUGACCUCACGGAAAAGCGAAGAAAGCAGUGGGCCCACCGCGUCACAGCAGGCUUUGGAUUACCUCACAUGCUGGGCUAACGAUCGAACCACGUGGAAAUUCCAGAAGACUAGGCAGACAUGGUUAUUACAAAACAUGUUUGAUUCGGAACAGAUUCAUGACGAGAAGUUCUUGCUCCUCCUGGAGUACCUGGAGGGACUCCGCGGAGGGUCCAGAGAGACAACAGUACAAAAAGCACUGGUUCUUGUCCAAGAAUCUGGUCAAGCGCCUGAGGACGGAGAUGUCCAGAAGAGGGCGCACAGAGCAAGAGAAGUCAUACAGAUGCUCUCCUAAUCGCAGGCAUGGACUUUUUAGUUAAACUUUCCAUUUUACCAGUUUAAUAACUCCUUUCCCAUGGAAAUUAAUACAGUUUCUAGUUUUUCUCUUUGCAACUCCACCAUUGACGGCAAAACAAAUCUAAUUUUUACUCCUGAAAAGUUUGUUGUUGUUUUUUUUUUUUUACAAAUUUAACUCAUUGAUAGUGAAUUGUCCAAUCCAUUUUGACAGGGAGAUCUGGCAACGAUCAUUCGCUGCCAGCCUCUCCCAGUCAAAAUGGAUUGGACAGCUAUCGUCGUCAAUGGCAGCUAAAGUGUUGCGAUCUAUCGCUAACAUGUUAUGCAAAGGUUUUAAAAACUGACUGUUACGCAUUGCCUUAAUCGCUGCCAGUUCUCCCAGUCCAAAUGGAAUAGACGUCUAUCACCAUUACUGACAAUGAAUAGUUAACGUACUUAAUCCUGACACACAUAAUCACGUAAAUGUUUUUUCGCAGCAGUUUCGCAGUCUAAAAUUUCUUCAACCAAUUAACUGAAAAUAUUAACAAAAUUGAAGACAUCUUGGAAAGUUUUUUUCACAUGUAUUUUCUAUGAAAACAUUCACACAAAAAUGCAGCCUUUUUGUAUAUUUACGUACCUUUUCAACAUGUCGCAGCUCCAACUUUUACAUGCUCAUAUUUAACAAAAUUCCUCAAAUGGAGACGUACGGAAGCGUAUUGCAUUCACAUGAAAAAUUAAAAAAUGGGGGCUGUUUUUUAAAUUUUUUUCAACUCCUUUUUUCUGACUAUUUUGGGGGCUGUUUUUUUUAAUUCAUUUUUUUUUCAACCCUCCGUUUUUCUGAGUAAUUUAUUUUUGGGUUUGUUUUUUGAUUUUUUUUUGUUUUUUUUUUUCCCAACUUUGUUUUUCAAAAUAAUUUAUUUUCGGGUUUGUUUUUUGAAUUAGUUUUUUUUCCAACCUUGUUUUUCAAAAUAAUUUUUUUUUUUUCCAAUUUUGUUUUUCAAAAUUUAAUUUUGGGUUUUUUGAUUUAAUUUUUUUCCAACUUUGUUUUUCAAAAUAAUUUAUUUUUGGGGUUUUUUUUGUGUGUGUUUUUUUUCCUCCCAAGGAAAAAAAUAUUUAUUCAAAAUUCAAGCACUUGGAAGUCUUGCGCGAACUCUAUCCUGCAAGUUCAAUUCUGGAAGACACAUCUCGCGAGACCUUCAAAUGGCCGUUUUUCGAAUAAAUAUUUUUUCCUGAGCUUGGCUAAUGCUAAUGGCUACCAAGAAAAAAAAUUAAUUCAAAAAACAAACCCAAAAAUAAAUUAUUUUGAAAAACAACGUUGGAAAAAAAACAAAUUAAUUUAAAAAACAACCCCCAAAAUAAAUUAUUUUGAAAAACAAAGUUGGGGAAAAAAAAUUAAUUCAGAAAACAAAUCCAAAAAUAAAUUACUCAGAAAAACAAAGUUGGGGAAAAAAAUUAAUUCAAAAAACGACCUCAAAAAUAAAUUACUCAAAAAAACGGAGGGUUGAAAAAUUUUUUCAAAAAACAGCCCCAAAAAUAAAUUUGUCAGAAAAACGGAGAGUUGAAAAAAAAUUUGAUUAAAAAAAACAGCCCCCAUUUUAAAAAUUUUUCAUGUGAAUUCAAUACGCUUCCGUAUUAGAAUUUUUUUUUUUUAAUUAUUUUUCAUGAAUUCCAUUUCAUUGUCCACACAAUUUGUACACACAAAACAAAAAAAAAAGUCCUUUCAGUUCUGAUCGACCACCUCAAAAAGCCCGACGUCCCCGCGUAAAUGUUGCACCCCCGUUGCUGUUCUGGCACCUUUUGUCGUAUCUGUAACAAACAAAACAAAAUGUAUAAAACAAAAAUUUUCCCAUAAUGUUUGAUUUUCUUAAGUGAGAUUUUCACCUGGUUUUGUAUCAAAAGGAAUAUUAUGAAGUGUGAGCAGUGCUUGUAAUCUCGUAAUCUCUUCGUGCUGUUUUUGGACGUCCUCAUUACAUUUCUGUAAAGAAUCGUGUGCUUCCAAUGCAACUUUGGACAGUUUCUCAUUCACUUUUUGACUCUUCAGGAAGCCGGCAUCUUCGAAGACAUCCUUGAGAAGAUUAUUAUAUCCCUGUAAAGAACAUAGGCAACAUUCAGAUUUUGUUUGAAAUUUUGUUUUCAUCAACAAUGACAAUAACAAAAAUAUUUCUUGGCGAACAAUUUUUUCAUGACGUGACAAUGACGAGCUAAAAACGGGGCUUGAGAGACUAAAACAUACAGAGACGAACGCCAGUUUUCAUUUGACGAGAUAACGAGACGAAAAUGUGAGUUUUUCUUUCAUAUGUUCACAAUGCUUGAUGUUUCUUGUUUGUUUGGAAACACAUGGAAAGUUAUGUUUUAUUAUCUUGGCAAGAAUGAAUAUGCAAAGUUGCUUUAGCCUUAAAGGGUCUGUGCUGCGUUAGCAUUAGCAUCAACUUUAGCGUUGCGAGCAUCCUCUUAAACAAGGGGUCGGCAACCUUACUCAAAGAGCCAUUUUGACCAUGUCCCGCCAAAAUAAAAAUACGAGGAGCCACAAAAGCCCUUUGAUAUGUAACAUUUUAAUGAACUGCAACAACAAAAAACAUUUUUUUACUUUAUCUAUAGUUUGCUUAUGGUCUGAACUAUCUUCAAAUUUAGGUGCCGUUUAUAUGGUGACUCUCCAAGAAUACGAAAAAUUUCAAAUUUGCAUUUAUAUGGGCCCGUCUCCAUUCGAACAAUGUCGCAAUUCAACAUGAAAACGAUGUAGUAUUCAUGCCAGGCCCUAGGGGGCAGUGCUCUUUGACCCUACCAACCUCCUCAGCCCGGAAAAAAAUAAGCCUGCCCACUCGAAGCAAUAGCAUUUUUCUUUUGUUCAAAAAGGCAUACAAAUGGAAACAUUCAACAUAUUUAAUUUAAAAAUAUUAUUAAAACAGUAAAUUAAAGCAGACAUUCCACCAUAUUUGCUGUUUUUAAUGUUUAGUAGCACCGCUGUGCACGCCCAAUGUGACGUUUACGAGUGCUGACGUUAUCGGCACGGUCUCGCGCCGCGGGAGCCUUUGAUAUGCAUGCGGAACAAGCCCCCCCUCAAUUCCCCGCAAUCGUAUUCUUCCACUUUGGAGGCAGGAUUCAAAAUUUCUCGUCUUCGCAGACACCAUAUGCACGCAAGGCCAUUCCGCUACUCAGUCAUUGCGUCUUUGUGUCGCAGAGUCGCCAUGUAAACUGCCCCUUAAAAUUCAAAUCAAAUACUCGCCAACUCAUUGUUUGCCCAUAGAGUUGCCGUUGACUGUGACAGCUGUCCAAUCGACCUGAAAUGGAUUCGACGUCUUCAAGCGAUAAACUCAAUUCAUAGCAGAAGCAUGAAAAGACCUUUCACCGCCCCGACCAACAUGGCCUCAGGGUGGCCAUGUUAGUAGGGGCAACCUACUUAUCAAAGUCAAUGCAAUGACGUUAAAAUUAAGUUAUAUCUGGCUUAUUUCUUAACUAAUUAUUUUAUCUAUGUCAAAGAACCAGUGAUUUACUCAGUGCUUGCCAUUGAUGUCCAAUGCAUUUCAUUUUCUUUGAUUUUAGCAAUGUUUUUUGAUGCAGAAUGAACAGCAGGGGUGUUGAUAUUGACCCCUGGGGAACGCCACAGCUCAUAACCCAUUCCCAGUUAAAAUAGACUGGAUGUCUACUAGUGAUGAACUUACUGAAAUUCACGACAGACGGAUGAUUGGGUGUCUAACAUUGUCAAUAGCACUGAAAAAGUUCACUGUUAAGUCACGAAGAGCCACAGCAAAAGAAUAAGAGCCACAUGCGCCUCUGGAGCCACAGGUUGCAGAACCUGUCUUAAACGCUCGGACAACUUUUUUAUUUACAGGCAGUUUGUGGCUUCUAGGAGGACUUAAAUGAAAAUAAUGUUCUGCUUUUUUUGCUGAGUGUAUUAUCAUCAUGAAGUUGGCGUUGUCCUUGUGGAUUGUACAAUAUGUGCUCGUUGGGCUAUGUUCAUUCGAAAUUUUUGGAAACCUCUUAAUUUUUUUACUAAAACUUGAAUUUUACAGACGAAACAUUUGUAGGAGAUUUUGUCGACUAAAACUACACCAAGGCGAACACGUUUUAAAAGGACUAAAAUAUGACUAAGGCUAAUAAGUAUUUUUGUCCAAAAGACAAAAAUUAAAAGGGCAGCCAUAACAACACUGGUUUGAAAUGAAAAUGCUAAAUGCGGAUGUUAGCAACUUACUUGCUCAGUGAUAAGACCUUCGUAGCGAGCCUGUUCUGCUUCGUCCCAAUCCUUUUGGAGUUUCUCAUUUAACGUGGGGUAGACUUGAAAAGAGAAACGGUAGAAGAAAUUAUUACAGUAUAUUUCAAAAUUACAAAUUAAAAAUAGUUUUAAAAAAUAAAUAAAUAAAUAAUACCAAAAUUGACUUCACAAACUAGCGCUACAUGGCUAACCGCAAUUUUAGUGAAGUGAGUGGACAAAUUAAUGUUGCCUUCACAUGCUGUGGGAAAAGAGGAUCCUUAUUAAUUGCUAAUUGGUAAUUACGAGUACAUCCCGUUCAUGUGUGUGUGUGUGUUUUUUUUUUUUUUUUUUUUUUUUUUUUUUUUUUUUUUUUUAACCUGUCCUGUUCAGCUGUUUGACACAGAGAAUGGAAGUCUGGGUGGUCUGAACAGUUUCAAUGUUUCUCACUGGAGUAUGACGACCUCCCAUUGUGAUCAUUUAACAUACCUCAUUUAUCGUUCAUGUGCUUUUGUUGUCAUAGUAAAAAAAAAAACAGCUGACACAGACUCCAUUAUGGUUUGUUGCGUAGGCUAAACUGUUUUAAUACAUCUACUGGAAAAUAAUACAUCAAAAUGGCAAACGGUAAGUUGUUGUUUAUAAAUACAUUUUAGCAAACACUUGUUAAAAAAUAUGAGUUUCAUAAAUGUGUACACUAUGUUAUUGGGCAUCCAAAAAACAUGGAAAUUGACAAUACAUCUCCCUAUGAAUAAAAUGUAUUAUUUUUAUUACUGUA